AUGGCAGAAAAUUCUCCUUCUCCCUCACCUGAACGAGCAAUUUAUGGAUUUGUACUGUACUUAGGGACUUACUUUGGAUUUGGUGAGAGUUUAGAGAGGAAAUGAAACAUGUAAUUCAUGUAUAAGAAGACGAUGAACACCAGCAGUCUUAAAUUUUUGAAAAUCACAGUUCAUUUUUUAUUUAACUUAAUUAAAAUAAUGGCUACGGUUUGAUCACUGGAAAUUAUAUUGUCCAUUUAUCGCGAUAUCCCUCUAGAAGAAAGCCAGGGACAGGGACAGUUGAUUUGUAUAACUCACAACGUAUUUUCUUUGCUUUUUAUGUUGUCAGGUCUUUAUUUAAUCUGGGCAUGUGUUCCUGAAGAAUGGCUUCAUAGUAUUGGAAUAACAUAUCUCCCACAGAGGUAUGAGGAAGCAAAAUCAUGUACUUUACACACACUGCAAUCUGACCAAAAUCCUGGGUAGGGCUCUUGGUAGUAGGAGGGGGAUGGGGUGGGAAGGUACUCAGGUGGGGAUGAGUGGGGAUGUGCAGCCUCUGCCUUCAAUACCCUAUGCUAGAUUGGAAGUUCCUGAGUCAUGACCCUUGUUGAGUUGCACAAUACCCACAUAGGUAUUUUUGGUGAGUACCCCCACCCCAAUCCCCCAUGCCAAUCAACACUUGAUUAUAAGGGGGUGGGUAAGGGGUCAUGGAUGGGCUUGUAAAAGAAAGAGGAGGAUAGGAAGGGAAAGAGAAAGGCAAAAGGCCACUUCCUCUCCACUUCAUUGCUCUGUUUGGAAUUUUUGUCUAUUCCCAACUAGGAGGCUAGUUCUUAGCCCAGGAAGAAAACAUGUUUGCUAACUGAUAAAUGAGAAAUGAUGACAGUUUUACUGCAUCAUUUGUAAAAAUUCAAAUAGAAUUUUAAGAGACCCACUGUUUACCCAUCCUCAGAGUAAGGUGGCUGAUCCACUGUUAAAGGGAACCUCCACUCUUACUACAGAAUAAGUUUAAAUCGAACAAAAUUAUGUUGAUAAACAAUUUUGUUUGAAAUUUGUCUUAAAAAAAGUGUUUAAAUCAGGAAAAGUGAAUUUUAAAAUCGCUUAUUUUCACUUUCAAAUUUCGCGGGCGCCGCCAUCUUGAAUAAUUGUGACGUGUUACGGUUGCUCUAUUGUUCUGACACAAAGAGCUUUUGUUUAAUAACAAUACUAGGGCAACCAUUACACGUCACAAUUAUUCAAGAUGGUGACGCCCGCAAAAUUUGAAAACAAAAAUAGGCGAAUCUAAAAGUUAUUUCUUUCGGAUACUAACACUUUCUUUAAAAAUAUUUUAGAUUGACUUGACUGUAACAGUUAUUUCCUGUGAUUUAAAGUUAUCUUUUUGUUGAAGUGGAGGUUCCCUUUAAUAGAACGCAGUUUUUGUACCAAAAGGUUUUAGCCUUGCUAUACUGCUAAGGGAACUAAAUAGGGGCUUAUUUGUUUAUCUUUACUUUUUCAUUCACUAGGUACUGGGUGUUAGCAGCACCAAUCUAUCUUUGUGUUGCUUUUGUUUUUGCUGUGAUAUUUUAUGUGGCCUACAAUUUUACUAUCACCCUACCAGUGGAUUCAAUCAAUACAAUCACAGGUUUGUAAAGCAUUCAAUUCAAUACUUUGGACUCUGUGGGGUUACUAACUCAUACUGUCUUGUCAUGACUUGAAGGUAGAUGUAUGAAGGCUGCCAUGUGUUACACCCUAAAAUGUUCCAUAAUGCUCAAACGUGACUGAAAAAAGAUUGUAACUGCUGGUAUCCUGACCAGCGGGCUUACCCCCUUGUUUAUUAGGAGCAUGCAGCCCUGCUCAUAGUCUGUAGGAUGAAUCAGCCCUUUCCCCUUUAAUUUGGCAACUGGCUCUGUUUAGCUGGAAAAUGAGCAGUAUUUCUAUUGUCAUGUAUGUGUAGAGAAAUUGAAAGAACAAUGUUAUUAAUGAAAAAUAUUACUGACAGUAAGUAGGCAGAAAUAUUUGCCAUACUUAUGUUAGUCGUAGAUUUUCAAGUAACCUUAAACCAUUUUUUGCUUGUUGGCCUUUAAUGGACUGAUACGACUUCUUGAUUCAUGCACAAGUUAGAAAAUUCUUAGGCACCUACAAAGCCCAGAAACAUACCUAAAAAGGUAUUCCCAAAAAUAUCACUCCUACUACUUUCUUAUCCAAAGUCCAUCAUGUAGUAAACAAGUGAAUCUGAAUUUAUUUUCUUGUGUUCUUCAUUUUUUUCCUUUGCAGAUACACAUGCCCGGUAUGAAGGUGAAGACACAAAACCAGUGCUGCCUGGCUCAGUACCCCCACUCUAUGAUAUACCACUCCGUCAGGUGAAUAAAGUACUCUAUGGAGACGGAAUAACAAGUUACAGCUGUGACAGUCAUUAGGAAUGAAGUGACUAACUGUGGGAUAUUUUUACAGUCCAAUGAGCCUGCGAACAGAGGUAUUCCCAGUUGUCACUGGAGAGAAGUAAGGAUCAGAAAAAAGUCUGGGUUCACAGGCUAGGCAAAGCUCAAAUAAGAAGAACAAAGUGUAAGAGGUCUCUGUCUGACAGAGUCAGUAGGAACCUUCCUGCCCAGUUAUUGCACCAGAUGUGAUAUUAUUUCUUCAUUGAAUUUGUCAACCUUUCAACUAAGUUACCUUUGCCUGGUCAACAAAGGCACUAAUAACAUUUUAGUGAAAGCCUGUCACUCAAACUAGGGACUGAUACUCUACAACAAAAGUGAUGGGGGUGCUCAUUGAAAGAAAUUAUACUCCAAAACACCCUUUUUAAGGCUGUAGCAAUAAUUAUCAACAAUGUAUUUAUGUUAGAGAGAUUAACAUUCACCAGGGGUUUCAAUAAGCACCGACGACUCACAAAACGCGUUGGCUACAUUGCUCAGAGAAGUCGGCUACUUUUUUCCCCCAAAGAAGAAGCAACUAGUUUGAAUAAUGUCAUGGACAAAUAUAGACUUUGUUCACGCAAAAGUGUACGUAACUUAGUAAUAAAUUACCAUUUGUUCAUUGCUUGUAGGAGUUAAUUGUGUGGCUAGUAAAUCAAAAUUUGACUUAAACCCAAAUCUUCUUGAAUGGAAAACUCGCCCGUAGAUAACCCUUGAAAAUGUGGACUACUGGCCCCUUGUUGAUAC